AUGGCUUAUGUUAUGGUGGAUAUGCCUAAAGUUAUGUCAAUGCUAAUGUUUAUCGACAUUGUGAUAAACGGAGAUUUACAUAGUUACGCUCGUAAUCAAAACAUCGAUUCGGCUGAACGCUACGACGCAGAUGCUGACUUAUCAAUACCUCUUGAUGCACAAGGACAGCCUCAUUAUUUGAUGUCAAACAAAAGUGGGUCCGAAGCUGCUUGGGAAAAGAAAUCUGUAUUUCCGAAGUAUGAGGAUGAAAGAAGCCUUUGUUAUUGUAACUAUUCUCCCGAACUUUGUGGUGGAUAUGGGAAUUUUACAUGUAUCAAACAACUGGAAGCAUCAUGUUUCCAUUUCACCGAAGAAGUUAUUUACAAUGAAAAAUUAAAACGAAUGGAAACCACACAUUUAUUUGGUUGCGCCCCAUUAACUCGUGGAUCAGAUGGUUCUUAUUUUACUUGUCAGGCUUAUUUGAUUGCCCAUGCUCGACCUAAAAGUAUCGUUUGUUGUCAAGAAGGAAAUUACUGCAAUCGCAAUUUAUCUGUCCCAUCCUAUUCCAAUAUCUCACCUGAAGUUUUUGAUCGUUCUAUAUUUUCUCACACAACAUUCGCAGUUAUUAUUUACGCUGUUCUAUUUUCAGUAUUUACUGUAAUAGCAAUACCAUUUUAUUGGAAAAGAGAGCUAAUAAUGCGCAAGCUGAAGUCAUCACGUCAAGACACAGUCCCUCAAAUAACAGAUAUGGAGGAGAGCGAAAAAGCUCCUAUGCUUCACGAUGUUAGUAGUGGUUCUGGUUCUGGUUUUGCCAGUCUGAAUCAACGAACGGUUGCACAGGAUCUGGAGUUUCUAUCUGUAGUUGGUAAAGGACGUUAUGGAGAAGUGAAAAAAGCGCGAUACCGUGGCGACCGUAUCGUUGCCGUUAAAACAUUUUAUACAACAGAAGAGGAUUCGUGGAAAAAUGAAAAAGAAAUUUAUCAGACGCAAAUGCUGAAUCAUGAAAAUAUUUUACAGUUUGUUGCCGCUGAUAUUGGAAGUGAAGAUUCAAUCACACGAAUGCUUCUGAUUACAGAUUUUCAUGCUUAUGGUUCUCUCUUUGAAUACUUACAGCGUGGGCAAGCCCUUUCUAUUAGCGAAGCUUUACAUCUGGCGUAUAGCGCAAUUUGUGGUUUGGAGCAUUUACAUAGUGCAUUGCAUGGAACUGGGACACCACAGAAACCAGCAAUCGCUCAUCGUGAUGUAAAAUCAAAAAAUAUUAUUGUAAAAAGACCUUAUGUUUGUUGCAUUGCUGAUUUUGGAUUAGCAUUGACGGAAGAUAUGGUGAAAUUUAAAGUUGGAAUAAAUAUACAAGUUGGUACUAAGCGAUAUAUGGCUCCAGAAGUGCUCGACAAGUCGCUUAAUAUCAAAAACUUUUAUCAUUACAAAAUGGCUGAUAUCUAUUCAUUUUCUUUAGUUCUUUGGGAAAUACUCCGACGUAUUGAGGAAGAUAAUUGUCUUUCAAGGAAUUCAGAAAGUGAUAGUGGUAUUGGAAGCAGCGGUAGCGGAUGUGCCACGGCAAAGGUUGUCCCUGGUUUCGUUGUUAAUCCUGAUGUACCUAAAUAUUUCUGUCUUUCAAACAAUAUCGUGGAUCAGCAAAAUGUUUCGGACAAUUCUUUAUCAUUAAUUACGCGGCCUCCAAUACAACCGUUUGAUGGUAUGGUUGAUCCGGAUCCAUCGUUUGAACAAAUGCAUCGCAUCGUUUGCAUGCAAGGCAAAAGACCACCAUUGGAAGAUGCUUGGAUCAACGAUAUAUGUUUAAAAGAAAUCUGUGAACUGAUAGCUGAAUGUUGGAGUUCAAAUAUCGAAUGUCGGCACACUGCAUUGCGAAACCGUUAUUCUUCAUUGGAGUAG